CAAAUCAAAAACAUAAACUAGUAAAAGAAAAAUGGAGAAAAUAUCAGCAUUCUUUGUCAUCCUCUUCCUUGUCUCGUCGUGCAUGGUGACAAUGAGUGUUGGAGAUAUAUGUCAAACAGACAGAGACUGUGUGGAGAUUGGGAUUCCAAGAUGCAAGAACACUGGAAAGAUGCCUAUUUGUUAUAAUGGAUAUUGCAGCUGUUACGCUAAAAGGCGUCAUCGUCGUCCUCCUCCUCCUCCUCAUGCCUCUUCUACUCGAAACUCUCCUUCUUUAUCAUGAUCAACCUCCAAAUUCUGAUCUGAAUUCAUAUAUUCAUGCAACUUUUUCUUUUCUUUUCCUUGCAAUAAUAUCUGUUUUUUUCGUUGUUA